AUGGAAGAGAUCCUGAGGAAGCUGCAGAAGGAAGCGUCCGGGAGCAAGUACAAAGCCAUCAGAGAGAGCUGCACCUGGGCCCUGGAAACCCUGGGCGGUGUGGAUACCGUUGUCAAGAUCCCUCCACACUUGCUGAGGGAGAAAUGCCUCCUGCCUCUCCAGUUGGCUUUGGAAUCCAAGAAUGUGAAGCUGGCCCAACAUGCCUUGGCAGGAAUACAGAAGCUUGUGUCAGAAGAGAGGUUUGUAUCCAUGGAAACAGACUCCGAUGAGAAGCAGCUGCUCAAUCAGAUCCUGAACGCCGUGAAAGUGACGCCCUCCCUCCACGAAGACCUGCAGGUGGAAGUGAUGAAGGUUUUACUCUGCAUAACUUACACCCCGACGUUUGACCUGAACGGGAGCGCUGUGCUGAAGAUCGCGGAGGUGUGCAUUGAGACAUACACAUGUAGCUGUCACCAGCGUAGUAUAAACACUGCUGUGCGGGCCACUCUCAGCCAGAUGCUGAGUGACUUGACUUUGCAGUUACGACAAAGGCAGGAGAAUACGAUUAUUGAAAACCCGGAUGUCCCACAGGAGUUCAGGAGUCAAGGGUCAACCGUAGAGGCCCUCUGUGACGACCUUGUCUCUGUGCUCACCGUUCUGUGUGAGAAGCUACAAGCCGCCAUCAACGACAGUCAGCAGCUGCAGCUGCUGUACCUGGAGUGCAUCCUGUCCAUGCUCAGCAGCUGCUCCUCCUCCAUGCACCUGCACAAGGGCUUCACAGACCUGACCUGGAAAAACCUGUGCCCUGCUCUCAUCGUGAUCCUGGGGAAUCCAAUUCAUGACAAAACCAUCACCUCUGCUCACAGCAGCAGCACGAGUGCCAGCAUGGAGUCAGACUCUGCAUCUCCAGGCGUUUCUGACCAUGGCCGGGGCUCAGGCUGUUCCUCCACCGCACCCGCGCUGAGCGGGCCUGUGGCUCGGACCAUCUAUUACAUUGCAGCUGAGCUGGUCCGGCUGGUGGGGUCGGUGGACUCCAUGAAGCCUGUGCUCCAGUCCCUCUAUCACCGCAUGCUGCUCUACCCCCCACCCCAGCACCGGGUGGAAGCCAUCAAAGUGAUGAAAGAGCUACUUGGGAGCCCACAGCGUCUCUGUGAUUUGGCAGGACCCAGCUCCACUGAAUCCGAAUCCAGAAAAAGAUCAAUUUCAAAAAGAAAGUCUCAUCUGGAUCUUCUCAAACUCAUCAUGGAUGGCAUGACCGAAGCUUGCAUCAAGGGUGGCAUCGAAGCUUGCUAUGCCGCUGUGUCCUGCGUCUGCACCUUACUCGGGGCCCUCGACGAGCUCAGCCAGGGAAAGGGCCUGAGUGAAGGUCAGGUCCAGCUGCUGCUCCAGCGCCUGGAGGAGCUGAAGGACGGGGCUGAGUCAAGCAGGGACUCCAUGGAGAUCAACGAGGCCGACUUCCGCUGGCAGCGGCGAGUCCUGUCCUCGGAACACACGCCGUGGGAGUCAGGGAAUGAGAGGAGCCCCGACAUCAGCAUCAGUGUGACCACGGACACGGGCCAGACCACUUUGGAGGGAGAGUUGGGUCAGACCACACCUGAGGACCACUCCGAAAACCGCAAGAACAGCCUCAAGUCCCCAGCUGUCCAGGAGAGCAAGGAGGCGCUGAGCAAAGUGUCAGAACCAGAAGCGGUAGACCAGCCGGACGUUGUUCAGAGAAGCCACAUGGUUGCUUACCCUGACAUCACGAACUUCCUGUCCGUGGACUGCAGGAUGAGGUCCUACGGAUCUAGAUACAGCGAGAGCAAUUUUAGCGUGGAUGACCAGGAUCUCUCCAGGACGGAGUUUGACUCCUGCGACCAGUACUCGAUGGCCGCGGAAAAGGACUCGGGGAGGUCUGACGUGUCGGACAUCGGGUCGGACAACUGCUCGCUGGCCGAUGAGGAGCAGACCCCGCGGGACUGCCUGGGCCACAGGUCCCUGCGGACUGCUGCUCUGUCCCUCAAACUGUUGAAGAACCAGGAGGCCGACCAGCACAGCGCCAGGCUGUUUGUGCAGUCUCUUGAGGGCCUCCUUCCUCGCCUCCUGGCCCUGCCCAGCGUGGAGGAGGUGGACUCGGCCCUCCAGAACUUUGCCUCUACCUUCUGCUCAGGCAUGAUGCACUCCCCCGGGUUUGACGGGAACAGCAGCCUCAGCCUGCAGAUGCUGAUGAACGCGGACAGCCUGUACACGGCAGCGCACUGCGCUCUGCUCCUCAACCUGAAGCUCUCCCACGGUGACUACUACCGGAAGCGGCCAGCCCUGGCGCCUGGCAUGAUGAAAGAGUUCAUGAAGCAGGUUCAGACCAGCGGGGUGCUGAUGAUCUUCUCCCAGGCCUGGAUCGAGGAGCUCUACCAUCAGGUGCUCGACAGAAACAUGCUGGGAGAGGCCGGCUAUUGGGGCAGCCCCGAGGACAACAGCCUCCCGCUCAUCACCAUGCUGACCGAUAUCGACGGCUUAGAGAGCAGCGCGAUUGGGGGCCAGCUGAUGGCCUCCGCGUCUACAGAGUCUCCCUUCACCCAGAGCAGGAGGAUCGAUGACUCCACAGUGGCAGGUGUGGCAUUUGCUCGCUACAUUCUGGUUGGCUGCUGGAAGAACCUGAUCGAUACUUUAUCGACCCCCCUGACUGGCCGCAUGGCGGGGAGCUCCAAAGGGCUGGCCUUCAUUCUAGGAGCGGAAGGCAUCAAAGAGCAGAACCGGAAGGAACGCGAUGCCAUCUGCAUGAGCCUGGAUGGGCUGCGGAAGGCGGCGCGGCUGAGCUGUGCUUUAGGAGUUGCAGCUAACUGCGCCUCAGCCCUUGCCCAGAUGGCAGCUGCCUCCUGUGUCCAGGAAGAGAAAGAGGACAAGGAAGUCCAAGAACCCAGUGAUGCCAUAGCACAAGUGAAACUAAAAGUGGAGCAGAAACUGGAGCAGAUCGGGAAGCUGCAGGGGGUGUGGUUGCACACAGCCCACGUCCUGUGCAUGGACGCCAUCCUCAGUGUAGGCCUGGAGAUGGGAAGCCACAACCCGGACUGCUGGCCACACGUGUUCAGGGUGUGUGAGUAUGUGGGAACGCUGGAGCACACCCACUUCCGCGAUGGCACCUCUCAGCCCCCCCUGACCAUCAGCCAGCCCCAGAAGGCCCCCGGAGGCUCUGGACUCCUUGGGGACCUGGAGUGUGAAGGCUCGCCCCCGGAGCAGAGCCCGGAGCAGGAGAGUGCCCUGAGCACCGCCCCGGUCAUCCAGCCCCUCUCCAUCCAAGAACUCAUCAGGGAAGGCAGCCGCGGCCGGGCCUCCGACUUCCGCGGGGGCAGUCUCAUGACCGGGAGCAGCGCCGCCAAGGCUGUGCUGGCGCUGUCCACGCAGGCCGACAGGCUCUUUGAAGAUGCUAUAGAUAAGUUGAACCUCAUGGCCCUGGGAGGUUUCCUUUACCAGCUGAAGAAAGCAUCGCAGUCCCAGCUUUUCCAUUCUGUGACAGACACUGUUGAUUACUCGCUGGCAAUGCCAGGAGAAGUGAAAUCCACCCAAGACCGGAAGAGCGCCCUCCACCUGUUCCGCCUCGGGGACGCCAUGCUGAGGAUCGUGCGCAGCAAGGCCAGGCCGCUGCUCCACGUGAUGCGCUGCUGGAGCCUGGUGGCCCCGCACCUGGUGGAGGCUGCCUGCCACAAGGAAAGACAUGUGUCUCAGAAGGCUGUCUCCUUCAUCCAUGACAUACUGACAGAGGUCCUCACGGACUGGAAUGAGCCACCUCAUUUCCACUUCAAUGAAGCCCUCUUCCGGCCCUUUGAGCGGAUUAUGCAGCUGGAGCUGUGUGACGAGGAUGUCCAAGACCAGGUCGUCACAUCCAUUGGUGAGCUGGUUGAAGUGUGUUCCACCCAAAUCCAGUCGGGCUGGAGGCCCUUGUUCAGCGCCCUGGAGACGGUGCACAGCGGGAACAAGUCCGAGGUGAAGGAGUACCUAGUCGGCGAUUACUCCAUGGGAAAAGGCCAAGCUCCAGUGUUUGAUGUAUUUGAAGCUUUUCUCAACACCGACAACAUCCAGGUCUUCGCUAAUGCAGCCACUAGUUACAUCAUGUGCCUUAUGAAGUUUGUCAAAGGGCUGGGGGAGGUGGACUGUAAAGAGAUCGGAGACUGUGUCCCAGGACCAGGAGCCACCGCCCCCGACCUGUGCCUCCCUGCCCUGGACUACCUCAGGCGCUGCUCUCAGUUAUUGGCCAAAAUCUACAAAAUGCCAAUGAAGCCAAUAUUCCUUAGCGGGCGACUUGCUAGCUUGCCUCGAAGACUUCAGGAGCAGUCAGCAAGCAGUGAGGAUGGCAUCGAGUCGGUCCUGUCUGAUUUUGAUGAUGACACGGGUCUGAUAGAAGUCUGGAUCAUCCUGCUGGAGCAGCUAACAGCAGCUGUGUCCAACUGCCCACGGCAGCACCAGCCGCCAACCUUGGAUUUACUCUUUGAGCUGUUGAGAGAUGUCACCAAAACACCUGGACCAGGGUUUGGUAUCUAUGCAGUUGUUCAUCUUCUCCUUCCUGUGAUGUCCCUUUGGCUCCGCCGGAGCCAUAAAGACCAUUCUUACUGGGAUGUGGCCUCAGCUAACUUCAAGCACGCCAUCGGUCUGUCCUGCGAGCUGGUGGUGGAGCACAUUCAGAGCUUUAUACACUCAGACAUUAGGUACGAGAGCAUGAUCAACACCAUGCUGAAGGACCUCUUCGAGUUACUGGUAGCCUGUGUGGCCAAGCCCACGGAAACCAUCUCCAGAGUGGGCUGCUCCUGCAUUAGGUACGUUCUCGUGACAGCAGGCCCUGUGUUCACGGAAGAAAUGUGGAGGCUGGCCUGCUGUGCCCUGCAGGACGCAUUCUCUGCCACACUCAAGCCCGUGAAGGAUCUGCUGGGCUGCUUCCACAGCAGCACCGAGGGCUUCAGUGGGGAAGGCUGCCAGGUGAGGGUGGCAGCCCCCUCCUCCUCCCCCAGUGCCGAAGCCGAGUACUGGCGCAUCCGAGCCAUGGCUCAGCAGGUGUUUAUGUUGGACACCCAGUGCUCACCAAAGACUCCAAACACCUUCGAUCAUGCCCAGUCCUGCCAGCUCAUUAUUGAGCUGCCUCCUGAUGAAAAGCCAAAUGGACACACCAAGAAAAGUGUUUCCUUCAGGGAGAUUGUGGUGAGCUUGCUGUCCCAUCAGGUGUUGCUGCAGAACUUGUACGACAUCUUGCUGGAAGAGUUCGUCAAAGGCCCCUCUCCCGGAGAGGAGAAGACCGUCCCAGCGCCGGACCCCAAGCUGGCCGGCUUCCUGCGCUACAUCUCCAUGCAGAACCUGGCCGUCAUCUUCGACCUGCUGCUGGACUCCUACCGGACGGCCAGGGAGUUUGACACCAGCCCGGGCCUCAAGUGCCUGCUCAAGAAGGUGUCCGGCAUCGGAGGGGCCGCCAACCUCUACCGCCAAUCUGCCAUGAGCUUCAACAUCUACUUCCACGCGCUGGUCUGCGCCGUCCUCACCAACCAGGACACCAUCACGGCCGAGCAGGUGAAGAAGGCCCUCUUCGAGGACGACGAGAGGAGCACCGACUCCUCGCAGCAGUGCUCCUCGGAGGACGAGGACAUCUUCGAGGAGACGGCCCAGGUGAGCCCGCCGCGGGGCAAGGAGAAGCGGCGCUGGCGGGCCCGCCUGCCCUCGCUGAGCGUGCAGCCCGUCAGCAACGCCGACUGGGUGUGGCUGGUGAAGCGGCUGCACAAGCUGUGCAUGGAGCUGUGCAACCACUACAUCCAGAUGCACCUGGACCUGGAGAGCAGCCUGGAGGAGGCGCCCCUCCCCAAGGGCGACCCCUUCUUCAUCCUGCCCUCCUUCCAGUCCGAGUCCUCCACCCCGUCCACCGGCACCGGCGGCUUCUCGGGCAAAGACACGCCCUCGGAGGACGACCGCAGCCAGGUGGCGGCGGCGGCCCGGGAGCCCCCCGCGGGGGGCGAGUCCCCGGUGCUGCCCCCGAGCCCCAAGGCGGAGAGGAAGGAGCCCCCCGGCAGGAAGAAGGAGUGGUGGGAGAGCGCGGGCAACAAGAUCUACAGCAUGGCCGCCGACAGGACCAUCUCCAAGCUGAUGACGGAGUACAAGAAGCGGAAGCAGCAGCAGCAGCACAACCUGCCUGCCUUCCCCAAAGAGGGCAAAGGGGAGAAGAAGGGGGAGGCCCUGGGCGCCCGGGGCCCGGACUCCCCGCUGCUGCAGCGGCCCCAGCACCUGAUGGACCAGGGGCAGAUGCGGCAUUCGUUCAGCGCGGGCCCCGAGCUGCUGCGGGAGAAGAGGCCGCGCUCCGGCUCCACCGGGAGCUCCCGGAGCGUGUCGGUGCGGGACGCCGAGGCGCAGAUCCAGGCAUGGACCAACAUGGUGCUAACAGUUCUCAAUCAAAUUCAGAUCCUUCCAGACCCCACCUUCAUGGCCCUCCAGCCAGCAGUGUUCCCGUGCAUCAGCCAGCUGACCUGUCACGUGACGGACAUCAGAGUUCGCCAGGCUGUGAGAGAGUGGCUCGGCAGAGUGGGCCGUGUCUAUGACAUCAUUGUGUAG